AUGGCGGUGAAUCUCACGGACCUUUCUUUGCAGCAGCUGGAGAGUUUAAAGACACAGUUGGAUCAGGAGACGGAGUUCCUGACCUCGUCCAUUGGUCAGCUGAAACUCGCUCAGACAAAGUUCGUGGAGGCGAAGGACAGUCUCAAUGUCCUCAACCAGAACAACCAGGGGAAAGAACUGCUCGUUCCACUCACCAGCUCUAUGUACGUUCCUGGAAAACUGAACGACGUGGAGCGAGUCCUGGUCGACGUCGGCACCGGAUACUACGUAGAAAAGAAUGUGGAAGACGCCAAAGCUUUCUUCAAACGGAAAAUUGACUUUCUGACAAAACAGAUUGAGAAGAUCCAGCCAGCUCUACAGGAAAAACACGGCAUGAAGCAAGCUGUGAUCGAGGUGAUGAACAUGAAGAUCCAGCAGCUGCAGCAGAGCCAGCAGGCGCCGCAGGUCAAAGCCUGA